AUGUUCUGCUGCACCGAGCCCAAGGCCGACCAGGCCGAGGUGUUUGUGGAGCAGCGGCCGAAGGCUCCGCCCAUCCGGGAGGUGCACUUGGUGCAUUUCAACGAUGUCUACAACCUCCAGCCCCAACACAAGGAGGAGCCCGUUGGGGGCGCCGCCCGCUUCAUGACCAUCCUCCGGGAGCUGAAGGCCGAGCUGGCGCCCAAGAAGGUGCUGGUCUGCAUGUCCGGCGACUUUGUUGGGCCCUCUUUGACCUCCUCCUUCUCCAAGGGCGCCCACAUCAUCGAUGCCAUGAACGCGGUCGGCGUCGACUUCGCAACGUUCGGGAAUCACGAGUUCGACUACGGCUACCAGUCGCUGGUCAACAGGCUCCAGGGCUACGAUGACGACGCGCAGGCGGGAGAUGGCCAGGAGGAGGUCGAUUAUCCCAAAUCCACAACGACGUGGCUCAUGACCAACAUGAGUGAGGGGAAGACUGGUCAUCCGGUGGGUGGCGCGGAGACGAAGCGCUACGAAAUCGUGGAGGUCAAUGGCGUCAAGGUUGGCCUCAUGGGCCUAUCCGAGGACUGGCUUUCCGGGUGCUCGCAGCUGAAGGACGGGGAGAUCACGUACCAGGACUACAUCGAGAAGGGCCGCGAGUACGCCCGGAAGAUGAAGCUGGAGGGUGCCGAGGUCGUAGUGGCCCUGACGCACAACCGCUUCGACAACGACAAGAAACUCACUGAGGCUGUUCCCGAGAUCGACCUGCUCCUCGGGGGCCAUGAUCACUUCUACAAGCGUGCGGACAAGAAGCACCGUGUCAUCAAGUCGGGCGAGGAGUGGCGAUGGCUCACACACACGGUUCUCCACGUCGCGGAGACGGUGGUGAAGCUGGCAGUGGAGCGCUAUGACGUGGACUCGGACGUGGAGUGCGACCCCGUGAUCCAGGAGCUUGUGGACAAGUACACCAGGAUCCGGGACAACAAGUUCAUGAAGGUCGUCUGCCAAACCAAGAGCCCCUUCGACGCCACGGAGGAGUGUGUGAGGUACCAGGAGGGUGUGAUGACGAACUGGAUCUGCGACGCCGUCGCAGAAGACUACUCCGAGAAGGAUGGGCUCCAAUCUGCCGACUUCGCGAUGCUGAUGGGCCUCCACUUCGCCGGCAAGAAGGUCUUCCCCGCCGGGGACUUCACCUUGGGCAGCCUGAUGAGCAUCUUCCCGAAGCCGUGCCAGAUCGUGGUUCUGAAGCUCAAGGGCUCCGACGUCGUGAAGUCGUUGGAGCGUGGCUGCUCCUUCCUCCCCAAGGAGUGCGGGUCGCUGCAUCACACCAGCGCGGCCCUGACUUACAAGAUCAAGAUGGGCAAGGGCAAGCUGGCCAACCAGGUAGCGGACGUCAAAGUCAAGGGCAAGCCGAUUCAGCCGGACAAGCUCUAUGAGGUGGCCGUGACGGAGAACAUGGCCCUAGGAAAGUUUGGUUACACUUGGAUGGCCGAUGCGGAGCGCAUCGUGGACACAGAGUCAGGGAUGCAGAUACAGGACCUGGUGCUCAUGUACCUGAAACGACACCCAAAGCAGGUGGCACAGGAGGGCAUCCCCAACAGCUUGCAGAGAGGAUCCCUCUGCGUUCUGAGAUUUUCUGAGAUUGUGACCACGACGUUGCGGGCCGGUGCCCAGCCCCCACUCACCUGUGGCCAGAUGAAUAGCGAUCCCCACAAGUCCGAGGAACCGAGGUUGAAGCGCUUCCGGCUACCUCCAGAGACGACCGCCGGGGAGCGGCGCAAAGCCUGCUGCAGGCAUUUGCUAGAUCCAUUAAGCCUCCCCCUGCGUCUCCCCUUCACCAUGCGUCUUCCAACUCUCCUCUCCAAGAAGAGCAGGCAGCAGGCCCAGGGAGAGGCCAAGCAGACCGCCGCAAAGGCCGAAGCUGGCCUUCAGCAGGCAUCCGACGCUGCAGGCGCAGCGGCAGCAGCAGCCCAGGAGGGUGCCCACAAGGUGGCUGACGCCACCGCCCCCUACGUUGAGAAGGCCUCGGAUUCGGCAGGCAAUGCGACAGAGGCAGCCUGCCAGGGUGCUCAAGAGGUGGCUGAGAAGACACUGGAUGCAGCGGCGGAUGCAGCUACGGCAGCGCGGGAAGUGGCCACAGAUGUGGCCACGGAUGUGGCCGACGCCUCCGCACCUUACACCGAGGAGGCUCGCCAAAGUGCCAAGGACGCGGCGGAUGCCUCGGCAACCUACAUCGAGAAGGCCCGCCAAGGUGCCAACGAUGCGUGGGAUGCUUCCGCACCGUACAUGGAGAAGGCUCGCCAAGGUGCCAAGGACGCAGCUGACGCGUCGGCGCCCUACAUCGAGAAAGCCCGCCAAGGUGCCAAGGAUGCGGCUGAUGCAUCGGCCCCGUAUGUCGAGAAAGCUCGCCAAGGUGCUAAAGAUGCAUGUGAUGCCUCGGCACCCUAUAUCGAGAAGGCUCGCCAGGGUGCCAAAGAUGCGGCUGAUGCAGCGGCACCGUACCUCGAGAAGGCAUCAGCGGCCACUCGCCAGGGUGCCGAGAAUGUGGCUGCUGCUUCGGCGCCGUACAUGGAGAAGGCUCGCCAAGGUGCCAAGGACGCAGCUGACGCGUCGGCGCCCUACAUCGAAAAAGCCCGCCAAGGUGCCAAGGAUGCGGCUGAUGCAUCGGCCCCGUAUGUCGAGAAAGCUCGCCAAGGUGCUAAAGAUGCAUGUGAUGCCUCGGCACCCUAUAUCGAGAAGGCUCGCCAGGGUGCCAAAGAUGCGGCUGAUGCAGCGGCACCGUACCUCGAGAAGGCAUCAGCGGCCACUCGCCAGGGUGCCGAGAAUGUGGCUGCUGCUUCGGCGCCGUACAUGGAGAAGGCUCGCCAAGGUGCCAAGGACGCAGCUGACGCGUCGGCGCCCUACAUCGAAAAAGCCCGCCAAGGUGCCAAGGAUGCGGCUGAUGCAUCGGCCCCGUAUGUCGAGAAAGCUCGCCAAGGUGCUAAAGAUGCAUGUGAUGCCUCGGCACCCUAUAUCGAGAAGGCUCGCCAGGGUGCCAAAGAUGCGGCUGACGCAGCGGCACCGUACCUCGAGAAGGCAUCAGCAGCCACUCGCCAGGGUGCCGAGAAUGUGGCUGCUGCUUCGGCGCCAUACAUGGAGAAGGCUCGCCAAGGUGCCCAGGACGCAGCUGAUGCCUCGGCGCCCUACAUCGAGAAGGCUCGCCAGGGUCUUCAGGACAUGGCCGACGCUUCCAUGCCAUGGUUCCAGAGGGCAACAGAAGCUGCCCGCCAAGGUGCCCAACAGGUGGCGGAGGCCUCAGCACCGUACCUCCAAACCGCUUCGGACCACGCGGCAAGCGCUGCUGGCGCAGCCCGCACGAAUGUGAACGCCUUCACCGAAAAGAACUGGGGCUGGCUGUCCUGCCAGAGUUGCCAAGCAACCGCUUCUGAUGAGGUGGUCAUUGAGCAGGGGGCAAGAACUCAGCAGAGCCCAGUGCAGUCCUAG